GAGCCAUCGGUCCGUGUGACAUCCUGAGGGGCGAGGAGAGCGAGCGGGGCUGAGCUCGGAGCUCCGCGGGAGCCGAGGGGCGUCGUUCGUCUCCCUCCUUCCCUUUUCCGCCCCCCACCCCCGUCCGUUGGUCGGUCUGCUCUGGGACUACUUUGUGUGUCUCUCCGCCCUCCCUCCUUCCCUCCUCCUCCUCCCUCCUGCUCUCCUCCUGCUUCUUUUUCUCCUUCCCUCUCUUCGGUUGCUCCUUCCCGGAGAAAAGAAGAAGGAAAAGGGACGACUCCCUCCCUCCCUUCCACCCCUUUGCCCCAAACAUCAUUUUAAGCCUUUAAACCGGCUCUGGGGCAACUCUGCUUCUCCUUUAGCCUCGUUGAGGACUAGUCUCUUGAGCAGCCCUCCUCAAAACGCCAACCUGCUUUUGGGGGUGGGGUGGGGGCAGUGGCUGCUUUUCUCAGCCUCUUAAAACAGCCCUCCGCAGGCGGGACAGACUCUUUUCUGUCUUUGGCAAAGCCCCAUUCCAGGUUUCUCUAUAAUUGAGUGCUUGUUUUUGGCUUUUAAAUUGGGGGUUUUUUUGGGUGGGGGGCUGCUUUGCCCUUAUUGGCCUGGAGCAGGGAGAACUGGGUCCCUGACUCAUUGGGGAAGGGGCUGUUUUAGUCUAAUCCAGACUCCCAACUUCUUUUUUGGGGAUUAGGGUCUCCCCAAGCCUGGAGCAUCUUUUCCGGGCGGCCAGGAUCUCCCUGACCCCCUUGCCUGGCUGCUGACCCCCUUCAUGCCAGAGCUGGGACGCUCCUGCCCCCCAAUUUUGUAAACCACCCCCUGAUCUCACAAAGCUGCUUCUGCUCCCCCCAUCGCCUUAACACCCCCCCCCAAAGCGGGGGUCCUGAGUGACAGCUUCCUUGAGACGGACUCGGGCAAACGUCCAUCAUCCUCAUCCUCAUCAUCAUGUCUGUGGCAGGGUUGAAGAAGCAAUUCUACAAAGCCAGCCAGCUGGUCAGCGAGAAAGUCGGCGGGGCUGAAGGAACCAAGCUGGAUGAGGACUUCAAAGAAAUGGAGAAGAAAGUGGACCUUACCAGCAAGGCAGUUACGGAAAUCUUGGCCAGAACGACGGAAUACCUGCAACCGAACCCCGCAUCCCGGGCGAAACUGACCAUGCUGAACACGGUUUCCAAGAUCCGAGGGCAAGUGAAGAAUCCAGGGUACCCACAGUCUGAAGGCCUCCUAGGCGAGUCCAUGAUGCGAUACGGCAAGGAGCUGGGCGACGAUUCCAACUUCGGCGACGCCCUGCUGGAUGCCGGCGAAUCUAUGAAGCGCCUGGCCGAAGUGAAGGAUUCUCUGGACAUCGAGGUCAAGCAGAACUUCAUCGAUCCCCUUCAGAAUUUGUGCGACAAGGACUUGAAAGAGAUCCAGCACCACCUGAAAAAGUUAGAAGGGCGACGUUUGGAUUUUGACUACAAAAAGAAACGCCAAGGGAAAAUUCCGGAUGAAGAACUGCGACAAGCUUUGGAAAAGUUUGAGGAGUCGAAGGAAGUGGCGGAGACGAGUAUGCACAAUCUUCUCGAGACCGACAUCGAGCAAGUCAGCCAGCUUUCCGCUCUGGUAGAUGCGCAACUCGACUACCACAAACAAGCCGUGCAGAUUCUGGAUGAGUUAGCGGAGAAGCUGAAACGCAGAGUACGAGACACUUCUUCACGCCCCAAGCGAGAAUAUAAACCGAAGCCCAGGGAACCCUACGAAUUCGGAGAGCCCGCAGAUCAGUCCAACGGCGGAUUUUCCUGCAACCCAGCGCCCAAAGUCUCCGCAGCUUCCUCUUCCUUCCGAUCCGAAAAGCCAUCCCGGACUCCCAGCAGGAUAUUUUCCUCACACCUGGACCAGCCCUGCUGCAAGGCGUUGUACGACUUCGAGCCGGAGAACGAGGGCGAGCUGGGCUUCAAAGAAGGCGACAUCAUCACGCUGACCAACCAAAUCGACGAGAACUGGUACGAGGGCAUGAUCCACGGCCAGUCGGGCUUCUUCCCUCUCAACUACGUGGAAGUCCUCGUCCCGCUACCUCAGUGAAACGGCUGGCGGCCUUCUCCGUG